AGACUCACUUGACCGAACUUCAGAAACUUCACUGUAAAACCUCCCACAUUCUCAUAAGUGUAACAUGUGGGAAGUAAAUAUAGUGAGAACUGUAUUGAUCAUAAUGGCACUGUCACCGCAUACUACACACGCCGAAUGCCAGGCGAUUUUCGACGGGUCCCUUAAAUCCUGUGCCACCCGGUGCCUCGUACCCGGAGAUGGCACCAUGCCCGUCUGUGCAACGAAGGAGAACCGGGAAGUGAGAUGGGGCACGUGUACCGUAGACUGUAGCCCCUAUUACUGCGACGACCAAUGCCGGAAAAGAAUAAUCACGUUGGACGGUGAAGCUUCGUGGAUACAGGUGGUCUCUGCUUCUGCUUCUUCGUGGCUACAGGUAGUGUCUGCUUCUUCAGAGGGUGCUGCUGCGUCGGGAAAAGCAAAUGUAGAGGAUCAGAAUCCUGAAGUGACAAGAGAAUCCAGGAGGAGGAAGAGAACGCCAUUCAUUCCAUUCUUCAAAGGCCAUAGACUUAAGAUUUCACGUAAGUAUCACAGAGGCAAACUUUGUUAA